CUUCGGCUGUUAGCUUGGAAGUUAGCUACCUCGAUGCUAAGGAAGUAGCUAGCCAGCAGUGUUGACAGAGCGUGUCCAUGGACCGAAAGUGAAGCUGGCGGCUGCAGCGCUGUCCAAACCGACCAUGUUGACGUGAGAAAAACACUGAAAGGCAGCUAUGUGUGACCUCGACUAGAAGGUGCGACAUGGAUUUCCUCACCCUGUUCGCCAUCUACGUCGUGGUGGUGCUGACAUGUAUAGUCCUCGUCUGCAAGUACUCAGGCCAGCAGCAAACUCCAUUUAGUAUCGUCUUCAACUUUGUAGGAAAGGUAAUUUCACCGUUAACACCAAAAUGGUUGCAGAAGUUGUCACAGAGGAGCUUGCACAGGCUGUUCCAUCAAAGGAACAACAUGUUCAUCUAUCUGCACGUCCUGCUGGAGGCCGCAGUGUACGCAGAGUUCACCUACGAGGUGUUUGGCUUCUGCAGGGAGAUGGACACCACCCUGACCAGCCUGUCGGUGCCUUACGUCCUGCUGGCCGUCAAGACCUUCUUCUUCUACCUUUGCAUCAAGAGAGAUCCAGGCACAGUGACAAAGAAGAAAGUCGGCAGCCAGCUGCACGUCUAUCCUUAUGACAGGAGGCUGUUCCACCCAGGAGUCUCCUGUCCGACCUGCCAGCUCCUCAAACCGGCUCGCUCCAAACACUGUAGGGUCUGCAACAGGUGCGUCCAACGUUUCGACCACCACUGCGUCUGGGUGAACAACUGCAUCGGUGCUCAGAACACACGCUACUUCCUGCUUUACCUCUUCAGUGUGUGCGCCAUGGCAGGCGACAUCGCUGUGCUAACAGGAGACAUGCUGCUUCAUGCUGUGCUGAGGUCAGGGCUUCUGUCGGCCAGUUAUAUAGAUGACCAGGGCCAGCAGCAGCCAGCGGGGCCUCUGUUUGUUGUACAGCAUCUGUUCCUGACCUUCCCCCGGAUCGUCUUCAUGUUGGGAUUUCUGGUCUUCAUCUUCUUCCUCCUGGCAGGUUACGCCCUGUUCCAUUCCUACCUGGCCCUCGUCAACCAGACCUCCAAUGAGUGGUACAAAAGUCGAGGCUAUGUCUGUCAGCACUGCCACCCAACUGCAACGGCAGACCAGCUCUGUAACCCGUCGCCAGACCACUCUAAAAGAUACUACUACAGCAGAGGGCUGCUCCGAAACCUGGGAGAGAUUUUCUUCCCUCUGCAACCUGUUCGAAAAAAAGACAGCUGAAUAAAGACACUACUUUCUGCAUUGUUAUGCUGCAUUUACUGUACAUCUCCUCUUGUUUACUGUCCUGAAGAACUACUGCUGACUAAAGAAAUAAAGUUUAUGUCAGUGAUUUCUA